AUGAAGCAAACUGAUAUUCAAUAUGAUUCCAAAUGUUCAUCCACAAAGAGUGCUAACAAAGACUUAAACGAUUAGUGGUUUAGAACUCCAAAAGCUAACUAACGUAUUAUCACCUUAUAGUCGGAUAACAAAAGUUAGACUUACAGAACCCUCGACGGGAAACAAACUACAUAACCUUGCACAUCUUUCAAAGAAGAAUUCUAAAAGGUCUCCUCCAAGAUUGGAAGUUUUGCUUCGCCUGUUAGUGAUUUCUAGAAUAAAAUGCAUUACGUUCAAGAACAAUAGAUGCAGGAACUCAAAGUCUUAGAUAUGCAAAAUCUAAAUGUUUCCUUGUAGCAAGAAAAUUUGAUUUUCAAAAAGCAAAUCCAAUUACAGCAGGAUCAAAUUCAAUAAAAGGAUAUAGUCAUUAAGAAAUUAAAAUUGACUAUUUAAUAGUUGACUACUUAUAACUAACAGCUCUAAUAAAAAAUUGACAAGCAAUCCAACCAAGAUAAGUAGGAUUACAAAAAGCAAAUCAAACUCUUGGAAACUGAAUUGGCUGACAAGAAUUCAAAAAUCACCUAAUUCUCCAAAAUUCAGGAUGAAAUCAAAUCUUUGGAAGAUUUUUAUGUUAGAAUAUUAUCUAAAAUGAAAGUGGAUCUGUUGUCUCAGAAUAGAGAAUUAGUCAAAUUACUCAAUCAUGUUUAAUGUUUAAACUAAAUCGCCAUCUUUAAUCUUCAAUAAGAUGAUCUGCCUAUUGAUCUGUUAUUCAAAUAUAAACAGUAUGCCUUGUUUGAAGACGAGAUGAUCAUGGAUCAAAAGGCAGAAAUGUUUGAAUUGACAAAAGAAAAUAACAAUAUCCUGUCGAAAAUACAUGAAGAAAUUAAAAAGACCUUUGAUAAAAUAUCCUAUAAUCUAGUUGAUGGCUUUUCUGUUUUAAAUACUUGACAUUAUAAUAUCAUUAAUUUAUUUACUGAAUUUGA